AUGUUCUAUCGCGAACAGUUUUUCUUGUCAGCAGGCUCUACUUUUACCGACUCUGCUCUUCCCACCUCUCCCCAUCCGUCCCAACCUCUCUACAACCCACAGGACAGGGAGAAGACACUGGCACAGCUCCGCAAGUACCUUCCUACUGGUGCCGACCUGCCUGCCCUCUCUCCUCUCACCUCUGUCCACCUCUCCCCAUCUCUCCCCACCCCUCCCUACCUCUCUUCCCCCUCCCAGGACAGGGAGCAGACACUGGCACAGCUGCGCAAGUACCUUCCUACUGGUGCCGACCUGCCUGCCCUUGCUCCUCCCGACGAAGCCACUGCCACUGCAGCAACGAGUGGCAGCGCUCCGGCACCACCAGCAGCACCAGUCCCUUCACCCAUUCCCUCUCCCUCGCCCUCGCCCGCUGCUGCCGCUGCUGCUGCUACUGCUGCUGCCCCUUCCGCCCCUGCUGCUAUCACUCCCCCUGCUGCCGCUGCUUCACCUGCUGUUGCCGCUCCUGCUGCUCCCCCUGCCGCUGACCCUGCUGCUGCCCCCCCUGCUGCCCCUGCUCCUCCUGCUGCUGCUGCACCUACUGCAACCAAGUCUGAGUCAGCAAAGGCGGAGGCUGAGUCAGCAGUAUCCGACUUGCCAUACGCCAAUCGUCCUCUCUCCCCUUACACCCUGUAUCUGGACCUCAAGCCCCCUACCUCGCCAUGCCCUUCCCCCCCUACCUCCAAUGCUGCCACUGUUGCCGAGCCUCCUGCCGAGCCUGCUGCCGAACCGGCUGCUGAGCCACUUGCUGCCGCCGCAGCCCCUCUCGCCCUACAGCCAGGUGAGCUCACAUCCUCACGCACACAGAUAGAGGCAUCUGCCCUAAUCCAAUCUACCCCCCUCCGUAACUUACGAUCAUGGACCACCACUCACAGUAAGCUUCCCUCGCUUGGAAGCCUCUCCAUUCCCCGCCUCUGUUCAAGCCCUGAGCUGCGGUCCACACGACUCUACCACCUACUCAGUAACGAUGCUGGACCAUUGAAACUAGAUCUUGAUCUGAUUUAG